CACAUCCGGCUACAUGGCAAUCGUUCUUUCUGUCCCUGGAAGCGGCACAGACAUCUUCGCCGCUCAAAUCGGUCAAGUAAAGAGAAAUCACGUUCAACAUCAUUUUAAUCAGGGACUGAAAGGUCAUUAACUAACAUCAAAUAUGACUUACGGAGCUAUGUCAAACGGUUACCACAAUGGGAACUAUCGUGGUGGUAACAAGGCCCCAAGAAGGAUGGGAGGAUAUGGAGGAAGUAACAGCACUAGUAACGGACAUUUCGGGAAUCGUAACAACCAAAAUUCUAAGAGCAGUGCUGGCACUAAUCUGAGAAAGCCAAAUUGGAAUUUUGAAAGUUUAAAACCAUUCAAGAAAGAUUUUUAUGUACCUCAUAAUAAUGUACAAGGACGUCAUCCACGAGAAGUGGAUAUAUUUAGACAAGAAAAUCAGAUUACUUUGAAAGGAGAGAAGGUUCCUAAUCCUAUUCAGCAUUUCGAAGAGGGAAAUUUCCCUGAUUAUGUAAUGGAAGGUAUUAGAAAACAAGGAUUCAAUGAACCGACUGCUAUUCAGGCGCAAGGAUGGCCAAUUGCAAUGUCUGGUCAGAACAUGGUUGGAAUAGCACAAACUGGAUCUGGAAAGACUCUGGGGUAUAUUUUACCGGCGAUAGUACACAUUAACAGUCAACAGCCACUAAACCGUGGGGAUGGGCCAAUCGCUCUCAUUCUUGCACCAACCCGAGAACUAGCGCAACAGAUUCAAACUGUUGCUAACGAUUUUGGUUCCUUGUCAUAUGUAAGGAAUACCUGUAUCUUUGGUGGUGCACCAAAGGGAAGCCAGGCGCGCGAUUUGGAACGGGGAGUCGAGAUCUGUAUUGCUACGCCUGGACGAUUGAUUGACUUUUUGGAACGUGGCACAACCAAUUUACGUAGAUGUACCUAUUUGGUAUUGGACGAAGCCGACAGAAUGUUAGACAUGGGAUUCGAGCCACAAAUUAGAAAAAUUAUUGAGCAAAUCAGACCUGACAGACAAGUUCUUAUGUGGUCCGCAACCUGGCCGAAGGAGGUUAGGAAUCUUGCAGAGGAAUAUCUUACAAAUUACACGCAGUUGAACAUUGGAUCCUUAACAUUAGCUGCCAAUCACAACAUUCUUCAAAUCGUCGAUGUUUGUCAGGAACAUGAAAAAGAGUCAAAAUUGGGAAAUCUUCUUCAGGAAAUUGGUAAUGUUAACGAAGAUGGUGGAAAAACUAUCAUUUUUGUAGAGACAAAGAAAAAGGUGGAGAAUAUCACCAGAAAUAUUCGUCGCUAUGGAUGGCCUGCAGUAUGCAUGCAUGGUGACAAAUCGCAACAAGAACGAGACCACGUUCUUAGAGAAUUUAGGAACAACAAAGGUUCAAUUCUUGUAGCAACGGACGUUGCUGCUCGUGGAUUGGAUGUCGAUGAUGUAAAGUACGUGAUCAACUUCGAUUAUCCGUCGUCAUCUGAAGACUACAUCCAUAGAAUUGGCAGGACCGGCCGUUCAAAUUGUACAGGAACCAGUUACGCGUUCUUUACACCGCAGAAUGGUCGCCAGGCUAAAGAUUUAAUUAAUGUACUUAAAGAAGCUAACCAAGUAGUCAAUCCAAAGUUGUCUGAACUCGCGGACCGAAGCGGAAAUUACGGUAGCCGAAAUCGUUGGGGAUACAGUAGCCGAGGAAGAGAAAACAUGUUCUCCGCGAAACAUAAACGAUUCGAUAUGGGAAGAAGUUUCGACUAUUCCAGUUGAUUUGUUUCUCGACUUAACGAUCACAUCUCUCAAUAAGUGAACUUCUUGGAGAUCUAUAACUUCUCACAAUUUUUAUUUAAUCUGUGAUUAGAGAAAGUUCUCCAUGCAGGUUGCAUUAUUAUGUCUUAGUUAUGUGCUCGGAUAACACUUUAUGUUAUUUUUAUUUAUGAUUGUUAGUGGUAGUGUAAAAGAAUUCAGGAAACACGGGAGAAAACAUCUUGACAAAUUUAAGUUAUACAAUAUUUUAUACUUCUUUUUUCACUCGUAGAGACGCGCAGAAAUGAAAAAGUAAGUAAACGGUAGUUAAUUGCUGCUUGAAGAUAUUAAGUACAAGAAAUACUUACUAGAAAGCUGAUCAUGACAAUCUUGGAAAAUCAAAUUUAAAUUAUAAAAGGCUUUCAUAAACUCAUUUCAUUAAGAAUCUGUUACAAUGGUCUAUUUCAAUUAUACGUUUCUGAAUUUUUAAGCAUAAUCUUUUUAAUUUUCUUUAGUUCCCAGCGCGUCUCCGAAGUAACGGCUUAGUAAGUUGAGAAGUAAUAGUAAACUAUCAGUAUUCAUUCCAAUUUUUUUGAUAUGACCAGCUUUUGCUCUGGGCCAUAUCAUAAAGUUGUUCUGUUCGUCUGUGUCUGUAAAGUGAAAUCGCAGAACGCACUGAAUAUAAUAUAAUGACUGUGAAGCUACACUUUUAUUACAUGUAUGUCUUACUGUUAUAUUCCUAUUUAUAUAAAAAUAGUCCCAAUUUACCAGAAGAUUUUUUUUUGAUAAUUCAGUCUUCUAGUAAGGUUACCUAUGUACAAAAAAUGUAGUUUGACUUGAACUUUCCAUCGAUCUGACGGAUUAUUAAAAACCGCCAUGACACUGAAAUCAGCGUUCUAAAUGAUGAAUGGUUUUGUUGAUUCUGUACCUUCUAAAUGUUUAAAGCACUUUAGAAAUUAUCGCACGUCAAUGUAUCACAAUUUUAGUUCUCUGUAAUAAAUUCUAAACUCAA